AUGGAUUUGAAGGGCGUGAGAAUGCAGAUCCUUCAUGGGCCUUUGGUCCGGCGUGUGUUUUUCCGGGCAUUCUUUAUCGCCACGGCUAUGUCGAUCAUACCGUUGAUCCACAUUUUGUCCGGGACCUACAUGACAAUGUUCACUUUUGUGAACCCCGGCGACUGCGCCGCCGAAUUGGGCCACGUCGCCCCUAUCGAAGUGACCGCGGGGAAGUUUAAUUUCCAGAGUCCGUUCUUCGUGCCCUUCUGGAAAUCUAAUGGUUCGGAGCAGUGCAAGCGGGAUGUGAAUUUGACCGUCAGUGUGGUCAGAGAGCUCAUGGGUCAGAAGCUAUUGAAAUACGGUACAAGAGCUCUCUGUGUCGGAGAAGGGUCUGCCUCGGCUGGGCUGGCAUUGCAAGAUUUGGGAUUUCCCGAUGCUCGUGGUGUUUACAAACACCGGUUCUUCUCGCUCAAGCACAAACAGUUUGUGUAUGAAAUUGACUAUGAGGACAAGUCCUUUGAUUUUGUGCUUUCCAGGGAUCUCGAUAAGGUUUCUGUCCCUGCGCUUCUUGUGCUUGAGAUCGAGCGUGUUCUUAGCCCCGGUGGAAUUGGGGCUAUGCUUGUGGGUAGCAGUGUUUCCUCCCCGAAUAGCUUGAUUAGGUCUGCUACCCCAAUUUCUUCACUGCUGAAAAGUUCCAGUGUUGUGCACGUUAAUUACGUCAAUAACUUCACACUGGUUGUGUUCAAGAAAAAUUAUGACAAUGCCGGGCUCUUUAAGCAGUAUCACCUUCCGGCUGACUGCCCAUCCCUCACAAACAAUCGACCUUUCAUUGGGAUAAUGGAGCCUCUGGUGAAGGAAAAACCAGUGGAGUAUGGAAAGAGGUUUGCAUACUUACCUAAUUUUGUUGAUGUUUCCUCAAAGAGGCGGUUGGUCUAUAUUGAUAUUGGGGCAGCAGCGCAUCUGAACGCAAAUGUUACAAAUUGGUUCCUGCCUUCUUAUCCCAUCGAACGCAAAGAUUUCAAUGUUUAUUUUGUUGACCAUAACACUUCUGUUCUGUUAUCCUACGUCAAAAAGCCCGGAAUCACCUUUGUUUAUCAUCCAGGGCUGGCCGGAAUCAAUCCGCAAGUCAAUGUUCCAAAUGAUGGGAUCACAGAUCCAUAUGUCGGAGAUGAAGGGUUUGAUUUCCUCGUUUGGUUCAAAGAAACUGUGGGGUUUGCAGAUUUCGUGGUGCUCAAGAUGAAUGCAGGCAAUGUAGAACUGAAGUUCCUCACGGAACUGUUUGAAAGUGGAGCCAUAUGCUUUGUGGACGAGCUGUUUCUUCACUGCUCAGGCCAAGUAGAUGCUGGAGGUGAAAUGCCGGUGGACUGCAUGGACAUCUUUGGAAGCCUCCGUAGCAGUGGUGUGUUUGUCCAUCAGUGGUGGGGGGACGGCAACCCCGGUGAUGUUCUCCUAUCUGUCGGUUGA